CUCUUUUAAUUUUCGUCAGGGUACAUAAAAUAAGAGUCUUCUAUGUCCAGAUAAAUUAAGCGUGUCUCAUCACCUAAAUUAUAAAUAGUGUUUAUCAUUAGCGAUAGUCCUAGUGUAACCAGUCACCAGAGAAGAAGAAAACGCCGUCAACAUUUGGAUAAGUACAACUAGCGGCUAGCCUAGAGCCAAGAAAGAGCCUGACUCCACACCACUCCAGACGUUUCUAGUAAACAGGCCUAGGCCUAAUCAGUCAUAUUCAAGAGACAGCCACUCGACAGCAAACGAGAAUCAAUCGACGAUUGCUGUUUACAGAUUACCUUAGACGUAGUUCAGAGUUCAAACUUCAGAGAUCAGAACGGAAUUGCUUUUGAAGUCAAAUAAUGGAGUUUUUUAAUAAUUUUGAUUAUAAAAAUUUUGAUAAAGACGUUCCUGAUGAUGUUGAUGGUUUUUUCACAAAACAACAAUUGGAAUCAAUGUCUGAUUAUGAGAAGAAAAGAUAUAAAAAUUUACGUCAGAAUUUUGAAAUGAUGCGAUUAAUGGGUUUACCAGUAAAGAAGCCAGCCUUUAUGACGGCCAAAUGGAAACGUAAAACAACUGUAGAGGAAUCAGAAUCAGAUAGUGAUGAAGAAUGGAAACCAAAUAAACGGAGUAAAAAGACUAAAGGUCGAUAAGUAUUCUUAUAUACAGUUAGUGCCCGGGGCCAAGUACCACCCCUCCCCCCCAAGACCUCAGUAUAGGUCCUAAUACUCAGAAAACUUAGAAUGUUUCGUGAUACCAGGGGCCAACUCCUUGACUGUAUGCCCGUCUUUCCCCAAGAUUCCGGUAUAGGUCCUAGUACACAGAAAUCUUAAAAUGGGGGACAUUGCAAAUAAAAUACAUACAAUCAGUGGCAUGCAGCGUGUUUCUUGAUACCUUGACAUGCCCUUCUUUCUCAAAGAUUCUGGUAUUGGUCCUAGUGAACAGAAAUCUUAAAAUGGGGGACAUUGUAAAUAAAACAGAUUAAAUCAACGUUUUUAUUAUAACUAAGUAUAGGGUUGUUUUGAAAAAAAAAAAUAGUUAUUUUAAUUUCCGUUCGUUGAUUGGAUUUCCUACUGAAAAGAAUGCCCUCAGCCCCCUUCUUCUUUUCUCUGCAUGCCACUGCAUUCAGUCCCCCGCAUUAUUGGUACGGUACCAUAGCAGACACUGUCUAUAUGGUUGUUGUAUUUACGGUCACAAAAUACAUGUGAAGGAGGACCGACCCAAUCACCACCACCACCAACAAGUCCACAAGACAAAAGCACAAAUAUUGUAAGCUGUGACUGACUUAAUCAAAAUAACACUGUGUAGCUCUAGUGUUUAAAUCCAAAAAAUCUCAUAAUUGAACAAUUUUAUUACAUUUUAAUGUUUUAUCAGAUAAAUUUACACCAUACCAACCACCUAAGAAAGUUUUUCCAAUAUUCGAACAACCGACUAAAACCAAAACACCACGUAAAAGCCGAGCCUGUGCAGCUACAGUAACCAGCCAACCAGUUGAAGAUAAAGAAACCCAGGAAGAAAGUAAAGAACCCAGAUAUCCCUUAAGACAGACAUCACGUACAACCAGUUUCAUGAAUGUUGAAGUUCCUGAUGACGACGAAUUUCUUUAUUGUGAAGAAUGUAAUAAAGAAUAUCCUGGUGAUUGUCCUGUUCAUGGAAGUUAUAAAAUAGUAGAAGACACACUGGUUGAAGCUACAAGAAAAUCUGAUUCUACAAGAUGUCUGAAAACAUUACCAGAUGGUAUAGAAAUAAAACAAUCUUCAAUACCUAAUGCUGGACAAGGUGCUUGGACAACUAAACACUUUUCUAAUAGAACAAGAUUUGGACCGUAUAGAGGAGACAUUGUGAAGGAUUUCGAGAAAGCUCAGAGUUCUGGUUACUGUUGGCAGAUAUUUCAAGAUAGAAAACAUGAGCAUUUUAUAGAUGCUCAAAAUCCAGCCACUUCAAACUGGAUGAGAUACGUAAAUUGUGCUAGAACAGAACAAGAACAGAAUGUAACAGCUUAUCAGUAUAAAGGACAGAUUUAUUACCGUGCAUUUAAAGAUAUUCAACCUGGAACAGAAAUUCUUGUUUGGUAUGGAAGUGAAUAUGCUGCAGAUCUGGGAAUAAACAAACCAUUAUGGUCCAAGUCAUCUUUUGUUGCAUUCCACAAUCAGACCAGUAGAAAAAAUACAACUACUAAUUUAUUAAAACAGAUGCCAUGGAGAUUAAAUGGAUCAAAACCAAUAAUUCCAGAUACAUAUCCAUGUCGUUUCUGUUCAACAUCAUAUGCCUCGCCACUAAAUCUGUUGAAACAUUUUUACCUUCGACACUUUGAGCUAUUGAACAUAGACAGAUUAUUAUCCAUGAAGAUAGAUUGGAAGGGUCUAAAUAAAUUAUCUGAACGAAAUAUAAAUGAAUUAAUUGAUGUCGGUCUGACACCAAAAGAAACAACACAGCCAUUGGCCAAGACUAGAGUCACACAGAACCAAAACAAUCUACAUAAAAGACGUGAUAAACAUCGAAUUCAUACUGGUGAAAAAUCUUACAAGUGUGAUGUUUGUGGUUAUUCAUGUAAUCAGAGUGGUAAUCUACAGACACACAUGAGAAUUCAUACUGGUGAAAAAUCUUAUAAGUGUGAUGUUUGUGGUAAAUCAUUUAAUCAGAAUAGUGAUCUACAGAUACACAUGAGAAUUCAUACUGGUGAAAAAUCUUAUAAGUGUGAUGUUUGUGGUAAAUCAUUUAAUCAGAAUAGUAAUCUACAGAUACACAUGAGAAUUCAUACUGGUGAAAAACCUUACAAGUGUGAUGUUUGUGGUAAAUCAUUUAAUCGGAAUAGUGAUCUAAAGAAACACAUGAGAAUUCAUACAGGUGAAAAAUCUUACAAGUGUGAUGUUUGUGGUAAAUCAUUUAAUCAGAAUAGUGAUCUACAGAUACACAUGAGAAUUCAUACUGGUGAAAAAUCAUAUAAGUGUGAUGUUUGUGGUAAAUCAUUUAAUCAUAGUGGUAAUCUACAGAGACACAUGAGAAUUCAUACUGGUGAAAAAUCUUACAAGUGUGAUGUUUGUGGUAAAUCAUUUAAUCAGAGUCAACAUCUACAGAUACACAUGAGAAUUCAUACUGGUGAAAAAUCUUAUAAGUGUGAUAUUUGUGGUAAAUCAUUUACUCAGAAUAGUGAUCUACGGGUACACAUGAGAAUUCAUACUGGUGAAAAAUCUUAUAAGUGUGAUGUUUGUGGUAAAUCAUUUAAUCAGAAUAGUAAUCUACAGAUACACAUGAGAAUUCAUACUGGUGAAAAAUCUUAUAAGUGUGAUGUUUGUGGUAAAUCAUUUAAUCAGAAUGGUAAUCUACAGAGACACAUGAGAAUUCAUACUGGUGAAAAAUCAUAUAAGUGUGAUGUUUGUGGUUAAUCAUUUAAUGUGAGUUGUCAUCUACAGAUACACAUGAGAAUUCAUACUGGUGAAAAAUCUUAUAAGUGUGAUGUUUGUGGUAAAUCAUUUAAUCUGAAUGGUGAUCUACAGAGACACAUGAGAAUUCAUACUGGUGAAAAAUCUUACAAGUGUGAUGUUUGUGGUAAAUCAUUUACUCAGAAUAGUGAUCUACGGGUACACAUGAGAAUUCAUACUGGUGAAAAAUCAUAUAAGUGUGAUAUUUGUGGUAAAUCAUUUAAUCGGAAUGGUAGUCUACAGACACACAUGAGAAUUCAUACUGGUGAAAAAUCUUAUAAGUGUGAUGUUUGUGGUUAUUCAUGUAAUCAGAGUUGUCAUCUACAGACACACAUGAGAAUCCAUCGAUAGUUUGCAACAUAAAGUAAAAUAAAUGUGAUAUAAAUGAAAUAAAUAAAUAAUUGUAUGGUAUAGCAUGAGUUUUCUGUUUUAUACAUUCUACAACAUUUUUAAUCUUUAAUAACACAAACUUUCAUAUUCCUCAUUUUACCGUAGAUCUUCAUUAAAUGGUUCCUGAUCAUUUCAGUUUUCCCAGUCGUUCACUAAAAUGACGUCGUAGAAAUAGUUGACAAACUUCUCAGUGACGUCAUAUAUGUUAAUGACGUCAGUAUUAUCUUCGUGCAUUUUAACACCGUUUUUUGCACUCGGCAAACCUCAGCAGAUUCGAGUAAAAUACACCCGAUGCAAUAUUGUGUAUCUUGUGUAAUAAUUCUCAUAUCGUUAUAAUUUUUAUGUACACGUUUGUAUUGUAUGCUGUCCUAAACCGAUGUUUCGAUGCAAUAAAAUCUUAUCUUAUUUUAUCUAGCCUCGGCUGCAUGACCAAGUCCACUAUUGGAACUACUUUCAAGUUCCUGGGUUAUCAACGGGGUCGCCCAUGACGUGGUCUUUGAAGAAUGUUUUAUUAUACAAAGCAUUCAAAGUCUAAAGCUGUUUUCUUUCAUGUUUAUCCGAUUUUCUUUAAACAAGGAUAACUUAUCACUGAAAAUUCUACACCCUUCUUUCUAAAAGCGGCAGGUUUUCCUAAUAAGUUUGACACCAGUGCCACAUCGCAAUGGUAUAGGUGUAGGUACAUAUUACUUACCGUCAUACAGCCGAGCCGAGGCGAGAUGUAGAGUACCGGAAUCUGCUGAGGUUUUUUGUACACGUCUCAAUCUAAUACCAUGGCUAAUUUUAUCCGAUUUGUUCAUCAAAGUUUUAUGACAAUUGUCUUCCUUGAUUAUACAGACAUGAUUCCAUGUUAAGAAGGUACCGUGUUCGAUCUCAUUGGUUCCCCCUUGUCACUGUCAAGAAAUAGUGGUUCGCCCGUCACCAUUAGCCCGAUUGGUGCUCAACGUUCGGGCGUUAAAACCCAUUUCAUUUUAUUGUUCAUUAACAAUAGUUUGUAAUUUAUUUGUUGAAUAAUUGACGUUAAAUAUGCUAAAAUGCCGAAAAUUUGUCUAUUUGAGAAUUUUAAUAAAUUUCAUUACACAUGUAACUUACGAAUUGUCACAAUCGACACGUCACGUGUCAAAUAAGUACGUCAUAAGUGUUACCCUACUUACGUCAUAUUAUGAUGACCAGUGAAAUGAUCAGUUGAUGUAUAGUUAGAGAAAUAAAAAUUAUUUUACACGGUCCGUGGUAUUCACUGAAAACUUAUUUCCCAUUGUUACUUUACAAGUUGCCUUUAUAGUAAAUUAUUUAAAAUCGUGACUUUAUUAAAUUUUAUUA